CCGCGGGCCUCCCUUUUCCUCUCGGCGGCAUCAUGGCUGCUCCCUUGACCCUGGGUGCUGCUACCCGAGGCGAGGAGGACGAUGACUGCAAUCGCAGCGGAACCGGGGCUCUAAGCAACGAGGACAGGAAGGAUUGCAUCCUGGAGCCCCUGUCCCUGCCAGAGAGUCCAGGUGGCUCCGCCGAGUUAGCAGGGUCUCCAUCUGUGCCUUGUAUUUUCUGUGAGGAACAUUUUCCUGCAGCUGAGCAAGACCAGCUUCUGAAGCACAUGAUCAUCGAGCACAAGAUGGUCAUAGCUGAUAUCAAGCUGGUUGCCGACUUCCAAAGGUACAUUUUAUAUUGGCGGAAAAGGUUCACUGAGCAACCCAUUACAGAUUUUUGUAGCGUGAUAAGAAUCAACUCCACAGCCCCACUUGAAGAACAGGACAAUUAUUUUUUGUUAUGUGAUGUUUUACCAGAAGAUAGAGUUCUUAGGGAAGAGCUUCAGAAACAGAAACUGAAAGGGAUUCUGGAACAGCAGCAGCGGGAACGGGAUGAUAACAGUUUCCGUGGCGUCUGCAUGUUUUGCAGUGAGGAAUUCUUCGGGAACAGAUCUGUCCUUUUGAACCACAUGUCCAGGGAACAUGCCUUCAACAUUGGACUGCCCGACAACAUUGUGAACUGCAGCGAAUUUCUGCACACAUUACAGAAAAAGCUUGACAACUUGCAGUGCCUGUACUGCGAGAAGACCUUCCGGGACGAGAACACCCUGAAAGGCCACAUGAGGAAAAGGCAGCACCGCAGGGUCAAUCCAAAGAACCGCGAGUACGACCGGUUCUACGUCAUCAACUACUUGGAACUUGGAAAAUCAUGGGAAGAAGUUCAGUCGGAAGAUGACCGGGAGUUGCUGGACCAUCAGGAGGAGGACUGGUCUGACUGGGAGGAGCGCCCUGUCUCUGCCGUCUGCCUGUUUUGUGAAAAGCAAGCAGAAACCAUCGAGAAACUGUGUGUCCACAUGGAGGACGCCCACGACUUCGAUCUCCUCAAAAUCAAGUCGGAACUUGGACUGAGUUUCUAUCAGCAAGUGAAGCUGGUCAACUUCAUCCGGAGGCAGAUCCACCAGCGCCGCUGCUACGGCUGCCACGCGGAGUUCGCCACCAGCGCCGCCCUGCGGAGCCACCUGGGGGAGGCCAAGCACGCCGCCCUGCUCCCCGCCGCGGCCACGUGGGACCAGCCCGAGUACUACUUUCCCACCUACGAAAACGACAGUCUGCUGUGCACGCUGUCUGACAGCGACAGUGACCCAGCAGCCCCGGAGCAGAAGGGGAAGGUGCCCGUCAUCAGCGAGGACACGUCCCGGCUGCAGGCCCUGAGGCGGAGCAGUGUCCUGAACCGGCUGCUGCUCCCGGAGGCGGCGCCCGGCCCGAGGGGGCUGCCGCGGCGGGCGGGCCCCGCGCCUCCCUCCGGAGACGGCGGGAAGGGGGCGCGCAGGCGCGGACCGCAGCCAAGGAGCAGUCCUCGGCGAAGCAGGCGUUAACAAAAUAAAAGUCUGUUGUUCAAAAAAGAAA